AUGUUUAUAUACUCAAUCUUCUGUGGAAUCUUUACUGGUAUAUAUAACGCCAUAUUAUGUGUUGCCAUAUUGGAUUGUGUUGGAGCAGAAAAUAUAGCACAAGCCUUUGGAUUUUUGAUUGCCUUUCAAGGAUCAUUUCUAUCACUUGGGCCACCUAUAGCAGGUAAUAAUAAUCGAUCAAUUGUUUCUGCCGUAGGAAGCAAGCAAGCAGUCAGCCUAAUUUAUACAGCGGGCUUAUGUAUUUUCUAAAUUUUCUUUACCGCAACUUCUGGCACAGAGUCAUGUUAUCCCGCAUUUUACUCCGCAGAUCGUUGUUUCCUCACGCAACAUACCGUAGAAUAAGAAUGAAGAAUAUCAGAAAAAUUAAAAGCAGUCCUCCCAAUUCAUAUGGCCUCGCUGAUGCCUGUCACCUAACAUCACUCUGUGUUCAAGAGUAAUGUCUGGCAGAGUAGCUUCAGACACUUGCAGGUAGCGCCGCUACCUAGGAUCCCAACAUCUGACAGGCAUGUGAUGCCCGCGAAGAAUGCUGGUCUUAGUAGUCCUCGCCCGGGAAAAUUUCGAUAGUGGCCAUUUUGAAUUGUUUAAUUUUCCCGGGCGAUGACUACUAAGACCAGCAUUCCUCGCGGGCAUCAAGCUUUGUGACGUCAUUAUUCAUAAGGUCUAUUGUUUCUGCCGUAGGAAGCAAGCAAGCAGUCAGCCUAAUUUAUACAGCGGGCAUUUUUUCUAAGUGUUCUUCACCGCAGUUGCAACUUCUGGUUAUCCUACAUUUUACUCAGCCGAUCGUUUCCUUACAUAACAUACCCGUGGAAUAAGAAUGAAAAAUAUCAGAAAAAUUAAAAGCAGUCCUGGUCCAUAUGGACUCACUGAUGUGUGUCCACACAUUUUACCUAACAUCACUCUGUGUCUGAUAUUGAGAGGUAAGUUGCAGCAGAAAUUGCCUCAUGUAACAUUCGGGAUCAAGAUGUGCCGUUCAGGAGUAAUGUCCGGCCACAAAAUAUCCCCCUUUAACAGUUUUAGUUUUAGUUUAACUGGGAUUCGUCUUAAAGUCAUGUUUCUUUUAUAUAGUUGUAUAUUUUCCCCUUUAUAGGUUGGUUGAGAGAUACAACUGGGACAUUCAAACUUCCCUUAAUUGUUGCUGGAUGUUUUGAAAUCCUUGGAGCAUUAGUAUCCAUUCCAAGUGCUACAGUACAGAAACGUGAACAAGAGUUAGGACAUAACAGCGAGAACGAAAGUAUUGCUGUCAUAGGGGAUGUAGAAACUUGAUUGGGCUCUGGCGAUACCCUGUUCUUCUUAAAGGGAUAUUGUUUGUUUAUCUCAUUUGAAAGAACAUUUUGUGACGUAACAUGCAUGCGCACAUUCAUACAAUCGAAGAUGGCGGACAGCUCACUGAUUUAUGAUUUCUAUCAGCAUAUUUCAAACUGAAGAAGCUGGAAAAAUUUCGAC